CAUUCAGCCUGAAUGAGGUCAUGGAUUCACCACCAGGCAAAGACAUCCAAACACUUGUUGGCUCGGUGUGAAAGCCCAUCUGGGGGGGAAUCUCUGAAUGUGAUGAGUACAAGGGAAAAGACAGGGAAAGGUUUGUUGUGGAUUGGGUGAGGCUUAAAGGGGGCUUCUCAGCCUUAUUUCGGUACACUCUGGGAAUGGUUUGGACCAGUGCAGCCUUGCUUCACAUCGUUUCUCUCUUCAAAGCUGAGGUUGUGCUUCGGAGUUGCACAGAGCUGGGAUUUCCUCCAUCCACCUACUUGGGGGCUAAACAGAGCAGCUGAGAACAGUUAAGAACCAGCUAAACCUCCUUGGCUGCUUUUUUCUCCACUUUCUUCUCCAGAAAUGCCUUGGGACCGUACAUUCAUCUUUUGCACCGUACUGUUGGUCUACACAGUUUCACAGGUGGUGGGUUCGGAGGAGAAGCAGGACGACGGUCUGUGCGCUGACCUCAGGAACACCACAUGGCAGGAGUACCGCCAGCGUCAAACCAAACUGCAGGUCAGGUAUCUGCUGAUGACCCGGGAAAAUGUGGACUGCCCACAAAGGUUUCACCAGGAGUCAUUCACAACAAAGACGUCCCACUUCAACGCCUCCCGUCCCUCUAAAGUCAUCAUCCAUGGGUACAGCCUUAAAGUCUAUCAUUUCCCUCCCCCUCAAAGAGCCCUGGGGAGCAAACCGCUGUGGGUGAAGGAGCUGGCUAAGGCUUUUCUUGUGGCUCAGGAUGUGAAUGUUCUGGUGGUAGACUGGAUCUACGGGGCAUCCUUUGCUUACAACCUGGUAGUGGAGAGUUACAAGGAAGUGGCUCUGCAGAUCUCUGUCCUCAUCAACCAGCUUCAGAAUCAUGGAUGCAAGCUACAGUCCUUCCACCUCAUCGGGGUCAGUCUGGGAGCACAUGUCGCUGGUUUUGUGGGGACCCUCUUUGAAGGGAAGUUAGGAAGAAUCACAGGUCUCGACCCUGCAGGCCCCCUGUUCAAAGGAGCGGACACCUAUGACAGACUGGAUCCCUCGGAUGCUCAAUUUGUUGAGGCCAUUCACACUGACACUGACUACUUUGGCAUCUCCAUUCCAGUCGGUCACGUUGACUUCUACCUGAACGGAGGGAAGGACCAGGCUGGGUGCGCUCGCUCCAGAUUUCCAUCAAUUCUUGUGUACUUUGCAGUGUACGGUUAUGUGAUCUGUGACCAUAUGAGGGCGUUGCACGUCUACAUGAGCGCGCUGAACGCCUCCUGUCCUCUUGUUGGGAUCCCGUGUUCCACAUAUGAAGACUUCUUGAAGGGAAACUGUGUGACCUGUGAGGUUUUCCAGGGGGCGUGUCCACGCAUAGGUUUAUCAGAGAACAGUGGGAUAAACGUGUCACCCAUCCCCAGAGAGCAGAAGAUAUUCCUGCUGACGACGUCCUCGGCUCCGUUUUGCGCUCAUCAUAUCCUAGUGAAACUGGAGGUUUCAGUCCUGGACAAAAGUGCAGAGGUGGAAGUGACACUAAUGACAGGGAAGCUGGGAACUCAGCUCCAGCUCAGACUUCAGACCGACACCACAGUGUACAGGUCAGUGGUGGCUCACCCCGCUGCUCUGUGUGAGCUGGACUCCAUUAAGAUCAAAAACACUGGAGUUCGCCUCUACAGACAAGGAGACGUCCACGUGAAGUCUGUGUGUGUCUCAGAAGUCCCACGUUUCAGGAACAAGAAGCCGGUGUGUGUGAACAACUUUAAUGUUCGUCGAAACGCUCCAUGGUCACAUGACUUUGUUCAGGUGUGUGACACCUUCUAGAAAGAAAUUGUACCCAAAGACACUGAAAAAAAUGUAUUUAAAAAAAGGUUCAGAUUGUCAGAUAUAAAGGUAACAAUUGGUGAAUUUAUUCUGUAAAGGAUGCCUGAAAAUGCUGAGCAUUUGUGCUGCAUUUGUCAGGCAAAAAUCUGAAAAUUGUUGCAUCUUCGGCCUCACACAAAGCAGACACACAAAUUCAACCUAUCUUUUCAGCUGCACCAAUAAAUAGCAUUUUUUUUAUCAA